UCCACUUUGUCUUAUUACCAAUAAAGAAAAGACAUAUUUCUUUAGUGUCUGUUUGUUUGUUUUAAGUGUUUGUACAUUAAACAUGUGACAGUUUAAAGUGCCACAUCGAUUCCUUUGAUGUGGCACUUUGAGUUCUAGAAGGUUCUGCUGUGUUCUCCUCCUAUGAUCUAGUUAAAUUGUAACAAUCUGCAGGAGAUUCAGUUGCUUCCAGGAUCAUGAAUCGAGCAGCAGCGUUAUCUGAUGACAAACUGUACCACAAUCUGAGACACAAUCUCAACGCAGAAGAACAUUGUCAAAAGCCUCAAGAACGAACUCCUGAGCGCUGAAGCCGAGAUCAAGGCUCUUAAAGAAGAGCUCAGGAAAAAGGAAGGGCGCAUACAGAGGGAGACAGUGAAAAGCCAAGAUCGAACCAACGCUUACCUCGACUGCCUGAGCGCCCUUACUGUGAAGGAGAAGGAGCUGAAGAGCUGUGAGGCCCAGUGUGAUGCACUGAAGGCAGGUCCCCGUCUGGAGAUGAGUCGGGUGGAAGAGAUCUGCAGAAAGAAGCUGGAGGUUCUCCAGGAGGAAAAUGCUGCUUUGAAGGAGAUGGCGAAUGGGCUGACCAGUGAAAAAACCAAGCUUGAAGAUGAGGUCCAACAGAAGGACAAACUCAUACAGAGGGUGUGGAAGAAAAAGCUAGAUAAAUCCAAGGCUUACUUCGACUGCCUGCAUGCCCUCACUGUGAUGGAGAAUGAGCUGAACAUCUGUAAGGCCCAGUGUGGUGCAGUGCAGGCAUUUCACCAACUGGAGCUGAGUCAUGUGAAAGAGACCUGCAGAAAGAAGCUGGAGGUUCUCCACGAGGAGCUGAGUCAUGUGAAAGAGAACUGCAGAAAGAAGCUGGAGGUUCUCCACGAGGAAAACGCUGCUCUAAAGGAGACGGUGAACAGGCUUACUACUGUAAAAGCCAAGUCUGAAGAUGAGGUCCAACAGAAGGACAAACUCAUACAGAGGGAGACAGAGAAAAGGCGAGCUCGAACCAACGCCUACAACGACUGCCUGAGCGCCCUCACUGUGAAGGAGAAGGAGCUGAAGAGCUGUGAGGCCCAGUGUGAUGCACUGCAGGCAUGUCACCAACUGGAGAUGAGUCAGGUGGAAGAUACCUGCAGAAAGAAGCUGGAGGUUCUCCAGGAGGAGCUGAGUCAUGUGAAAGAGACCUGCAGAAAGAAGCUGGAGGUUCUCCAGGAGGAAAACGCUGCUUUGAAGGAGAUGGCGAAUGGGCUGACCAGUGAAAAAACCAAGCUUGAAGAUGAGGUCCAACAGAAGAACAAACUCAUACAGAGGGUGUGGAAGAAAAAGCUAGAUAAAUCCAAGGCUUACUUCGACUGCCUGCAUGCCCUCACUUUGAUGGAGAAUGAGCUGAACAUCUGUAAGGCCCAGUGUGGUGCAGUGCAGGCAUUUCACCAACUGGAGCUGAGUCAUGUGAAAGAGACCUGCAGAAAGAAGCUGGAGGUUCUCCACGAGGAGCUGAGUCAUGUGAAAGAGACCUGCAGAAAGAAGCUGGAGGUUCUCCACGAGGAGCUGAGUCAUGUGAAAGAGACCUGCAGAAAGAAGCUGGAGGUUCUCCGCGAGGAGCUGAGUCAUGUGAAAGAGGCCUGCAGAAAGAAGCUGGAGGUUCUCCACGAGGAGCUGAGUCAUGUGAAAGAGACCUGCAGAAAGAAGCUGGAGGUUCUCCACGAGGAAAACGCUGCUCUGAAGGAGACGGUGAACAGGCUCACUACUGAAAAUGCCAAGUCUGAAUAUGAGGUCCAACAGGAGGACAAACUCCUACAGAGGGAGACAGAGAAAAGGCGAGCUCGACCCAACGCCUUCAUCGACUGCCUGAGUGCCCUCACUGGGAAGGAGAAGGAGCUGAAGAGCUGUGAGGCCCAGUGUGAUGCACUGAAGGCAGGUCACCACCUGGAGAUGAGUCAGGUGGAAGAGAGCCUGAGCUCACGCAGAAAGACAGUGAGCCACCGUCGGAGAUGGAAACUGUGAAGGAGGAUGAUGACCCAGAGGUGAAUGCGAUUAAAUCUCAGGAGCAGAAGAUGGUCACAAUCAAAUUUUGGGGGCUUUGGGGAACAUUCAGUUCACAAUUAAAUCUUUAUUUAAUAAUGGGAGGACUGGAAUGAAGGACCUAAGAAAGGAAAAAAGAUAUCGACGAUUAUAAGUUAAAGCCAAUAACUUUUAUUUUUUCCCUAAUGUUUAUGAAACCUAAAAUAACUGAAUUACUGAGACCACAGAGAAACACACUUUAACAUAAGCGUCGCCCCGGCCCGAGUACAGACGAACACUAACUUCUACUGGGGACAUGCACAUGCUGCAGUGUUCGUAGUGUUUGUUCUCUAUUUUGAGUUAGAGUUUGGGUGAAUUACUACAAUAAAGCUCAACUGUGCCCUUUAUUGUAUACUCAGCUGUCAUGAUGAGCGAAUGCACUGGGUUGAUACGAGUCCCAAAACAAGUAUUUAUCAGGAUUAUGGUGCAAUCACACCAAAGCUGUUAUGAGCUACUGUGAAACUCCCAACAUAAGGAAAUUCAGCUGAGUAGAAAGCAUCACAUGCUACUAUUUUGUUAGAAAAAAACAACAACCUGGAACAUCAAAUAAUAAAAUAAACUAAUGUCAUCUGAGGCAUGAUCUCUAUUCAUUAGCUUCUUCCAAUGGAAAGGCUGCUAUUCAUUAGCCCACAGUCAAGACUUGAGGCUGGAAGGCAGAAGCAUUGUUGAAUUUCCUGUUCACUCCAAUGCACAUUUUAAAUACACCAUCUAUUCAGUCUUCAGAUGGAAUUACACGCCUGCAAAGACAUGUGUAAAGGUCUCUGCUUAUCUGUCCAGAAAAAGUUAGCAUAGAUACCCGAGGAGAAGACAUGCACGUCUUUCUAAAUCACAAUGUGUCAAUGCCACCAUUUUUUAAACGUAAUUCAACCAGAAAUUCAGAAUCAGUGUUGCACGUUCCAGAGGUUGUUGAUCCUCUAUGUGACCGGUGCAGGCAAACACCAGCCACUCCUCAGAUGUUUUGUCCAAAACUAAAUUGUACUGCAUUCACUACUACGACUAGCUCCAUGAGAUGUACCAUCUGAAGGCAGAAAACCUUUAAGCUGUAAAGACAUUAUGCAUCAUUUGACAUUAAAGAACAAGAAGCUGUGCUCGGAAAUCAUUUCCUGGCAAACAUUUUUAACCUAUAAAGUAAAAAUGAAUGCCACUGAUGAUGAUUAAGGAAUCACGAUAUUAUAUAUUACAUAAGCUGCUUUCAGACAUGCACUUAACUCGUAUACCUGGAAUCUCGAGGGCUGUAUUUGAGAAUGCAAAAAUUUCCCAGUAAGUUUCUCUGGAUAUUUUUUGGAACUUUUCCUGGCACCCCACUGGUCAAAUCUCUGGAAAAAUGUCCAAGUGAGUCCAGCUGAGGAUUGGAGCAGAAAAAUAUCCAGAAAAUUCACAGUGAGCGUGGGGAUGAGUUGAUGAUGUCUGUAACAUGGGACGGACAUAAAACUGAAAAAAACAUUUUAGACAUGGGUGUCGGGAUGCUGACGAAGUUAUCAACUACGAUAUUCGUGAGCUUUUGGUGAUAAAGGGUGCUGCUACGUUUUUCAUAUUUAAAGGGCAGAACCAAUUUUCAUUUUCUGUCGUUUAUCUUUCUUUUCUGGAGUUCAUGUCUGAAAACGGUGAUGCAAACAUGGGAGAGCAUUUUGUGUUUACGCAAUUGCAUUGACAGUUUAUGUCUUUGAGAAAGUGGAAAACGCUGAAGUUCUUCAAGUUCUUGACAAACGUGUAUGAUUAUGUGAAAUGGUGUCACAAUUUAGCCAGGGCUCUUAUGCUUUUCAAAAAAUUUGACAUUUAAAGUUUUAUCAUAAAAAAAAAAGCUUCUACUCAGUGUAGCAGGUUUCCUUUUUUCCCUCUUGUCUAUUUGUUUCUUGGACAAGUGAUCACAGCUCUUUCCCUCCCAUUCACUCCUCUCGUGUUCUGCACCUCUGAUUGUACUUGACUGACUCUGCAGAUUGCGCGCACUCUGCAGACACAUAAUUAGCCGAGGAAGAAGUUUUCCAACUGACCCUCGGGCUGUUGGCCAGCCGAGCUCCACUCUGCUCCUCCUGUGCCACUUGAUCCACAGCCCCAGCUCCUCACCCCCACAGCUGCCAGCGUCACUCACCCUCCCCCUGUCUCACCCUCCCACUCUCUCUCUGAGUCAUACAGUCGUUCAUGCCAGCACACAGUCACGUGGUCCUCAAAGACGAGGAAGACCUGCUAAUAUCAUUACUUUUAUAUACCUUUAUACCUUAGUCGGGUUUCAACUCUCGGCUUUGUGUUUAACUCCAGAUCAGAUAUGUUUGGUGAUGUAGAGUUAAAUUCAGUGUCACAAUAUUGGGGUCCCUUUUUUAAAAGGGGAAAAUUAUAUUUUGAUUUGAGAAGUUUUGAGAAUAAAGUCAUAAUAUUACGAGAAAGUGAUAAUUUUAGGUAAUUUAUUGAGCAGCCUGUCGCCAGUGUUAAAAUGAAGAAUAUAGAACAUCUUGUUAACUUAGACCCACUCUGACUUGGAGGAAGUUGCCUCUUUAGUGGAGGAGGAAAUGUUUGUUUGUGGUCGACUGAAGGUUAUUGUUGGUAAAAUCAGCGUGAUAUUAAAAUGUGUCUAAUAGUUUAUCAAAAAACGAUGAGAUUGAUCAUUAAGAUUUUGGAUCCAGAAGGAGUGGAACUAUUUUUAUUCACCUUAAAUUACGACUUUUCUUUUUCCUAACAAUAUAAAUAUAUUCUUGAAAUCUCCAUUUUUUUUUAGUUUUUACUUCAUAAUGGCUCCAAUAAUCUAUCAUAUCAAAUGUAUUGAUUUUCAUGAAUACUUUUUGAAUCAACAAAUGGGCUUGUCCAAAAACCAAGAUUUUCAAUUUAUUGUCCAAAAACCAAGAUUUUCAGUUAGUCUGAAAAAACAAGGAAAGCAGAAUCACAAACCCAUUUAAAAAGCUGCAAUAUGAGACGUUUGAGCUGCACAUUAAUCUGAACUCCUCCUGUUAACUUCUCAAAACAUAUUAUCCGUAUUUAUUAUUAUGACUUUGCUGCACUGGCCCAAUUUCACCACAAUGCUCAUUAAAGUUUGAUCUUAUUUUAACUUUGAGCUGGUGUGAUGAGCGCUGUUAAAUAUUCGCUCGACGUGUGAGUGUUGUUGUUCGGGUUUUCCUUCAGGGGAAAUUAGGUCACCUAUGUUUUGAAGAAGCCUCCGGAGGGAUGAGGAUUUAAAAAAAUAUGAUAUCUGACACGUCUGUGAACUGCCACUCUUUUUAUGAACCCUUAACAUCCAGCCUGAAUUGGGGGUUGAAUCUUUAGUCUUUAUGGCGAGGAAGGUCUUGUUUUUGAAUGUGCAAUGAUCUCUCUCUUAAGGGGCCAUUAGCAUUCUUCUGAAUGACACUCAAAUGAGUAUGCGUGUCUUGAUAGUGUGCUAAUCUGCUUGUUCCUCUAGCCCAGUCUGUGUGUACAGUCAGGAUGCAGUGUAAAGUGUUUUAAUACCUCUGCCAAUGAAAAGAUGGAGAAGGAGACAUGGGGGCGUAGAAAAGGACACGAGUCUGUCAUCAAGUUGGAUUCUCGAGUCCUGUGUGCAGAGCCAUGUUGCUAUGAAACAAGAGCUGCACUGUUAUUAAACUGUCCUCUGCUGUUUCUCGAUUGUUGGUAAUUUGCAUGUGCUGUUUUGAGAUCUCAUACGUUGGAAGUGAAAUGAGUUUGGUUUAUAUGCACAUCCAGCUUUUCUUAUGGGAUUAGACGUGUCUGUAUUUGCAGCAAACAAACCCGAAUCAGCCACAAAAUAAUCAGCAGCGUCUGGUGAGAGUGAGGCUGAGAUGGUGUUUUAAAAAUCGGUUGCUUUCUGCCGUCACUGUCUCAUGCUCUAGUUACAAUUUUAGACUGCAGCAAAUGUUUUCUGACAGCUGAUUUACUGCAUAGCUGCAACAGGUGAAUGUGUACUGUAGCAGACAGGGAGACUGUAACUUGACUACUAAGAGGUUAGGCGGUCAGCAGUCGCCACCGCACAGCCUGUGUGUCAGUGUUUUAUUUAUUUCUUCUUUUUUUUCCCCCAUCAAAUCUUCCUUUUGCAAUCGUACAUCAAAACACUAAGUGCAGGAUAUUCAAAUGUUUUCCAUACUCCAUGUCCUCCUUCCACCUCUCACAUGAACGGCUUGAACAUAGUAACUUUUAAUAGUAAACUUUAUUAGCAUUGCUGAGUGAGUUUUGCCUGUUUUUGCAUAUGCGAUCAAGAUCCACAAAUCCCAGCACGGAAAUUGGUGAACAUGUUAAAUGCCUCACAAUCUCUCACAGUGUUAAAGAAUUAAAUAUGUAAUGGGUUCUUUCUUGGCUCGUGCCACGUCCUAAAAAUCCUGGCACGAGCCUACACAAGUGUGUUGAUUACCAGCAUGACUUGAAAUUAAUGAUCAUAACGAAUUUG